CCGGGUUGGAACUCUAUGGUCGCCCGCCCUGGGCGCUUCCUCUCUAGCCUCUCGCACUCUAUGCUCCUCGGUCCGGCGGCCAGCCGGGAGGGGCGCGCGGAGGGAGGCGGGGCGGGAAGGCUGGUGGUGUCCGAUCCUCCGGAGCCGCGGGAGACCGGAGCCAGCUGUGUGACAGCUCGUCGGCCGCCAUGUCAGCAAGCGGGGCUGGAAACAGACCCGGCGCACGCCGGUAGCCCUUGCGUGGCCUCGGAUGCCCAGGCAUGGAAGGACUUUGAUGAAACUUUAAACAGUUCCACAAAGGAUGCGCUAAUGGAUGACAGAGACGCUCCUGCAAACCGUCUUCAGAUAGGACCACAAGAUGGAUGUCAUCCGGGUGACAGCGUGGAAAGGAGAGUAACGCCCUUGCCUUCUGUCUCAGAUGAAAAUGAAAAUCAGGUUGACGGGGACAGGCCUGCGGGUCUGACCAGCAGCCACAGUGCGAUGGGAAGAGCUACAGUAUCUGAACAGGACAGUCUCAACAAUAAUGAAAGCUGCCUGCCCAGCUGUGAGGCAGCCCCCAGUGAGGCAGCAGAACUCACUCCAUGCGAAGGUACCAGAGAUGAUCAGCCCUCCUCGGGACAGGACAAAAAAACACCUGGAAAAAGAAGCCCAAGAGCCAGAAAAGGCACGCCUAAGAAAGUACCUCCAGGAGAUGCCACACCUUUAAUGCAGACGCUGAAUGCAGAGCUGCAGGCUGCUGGUGAAGAGGCUGCUGGAGUGAACGCUAACAACCCUCCAAAAGUGCCAGCGCUGCAGCCACUCUUCUCGCUGAUCCGAGGUGAGGUGGAGCAGAUGGACUCGAGAGCACUUCCGCUCUUCCUCCAUCAGGUAGCUGAGACCUAUUUCCAGGAAGAGGAUUAUGAGAAAGCAAUGAAAUUCAUUCAGCUUGAACGAUUGUAUCAUGAGCAACUGCUUGCAAAUCUUUCUGCCAUUCAGGAACAAUGGGAAACAAAAUGGAAAGCUGUCCAGCCACAUUCAGUGACGCCUCUGAGGAAUUCAGAAAAGGGGUUUAAUGGUGAAGAUUUCGAACAGCUUGCUAAAAUUUGUACAACUCAUCAAGACCCUCUCUUGUUCAAGCAUAAGAUAGCACCUGUGGAAAAGUCACUGGGUGGAAAAUGCUUUUCGCGGGUGACAAUGUCUGAAGAGCCAAAGGAAAGAGGAACAACAACCAAAGAACCAGAGACUGAAACCUGGCCUGGCAUGGAGCCCAGCGGAGGCCAGCAUGAAGAGCAACCCCAGGAGAGCAGCCCCAGCUCUCAUCAAAUGGACUGGCAGGCAGUUUCCCCCAGCCUUCCAGAAACUGCCAGGAAGGAGCAUAAGGAGGAGGAGCCAGUUUGCGGAACCAGGGCCACACUGGAGCUCCACACCCAGUCCCCAGAGACAGUCAGGAGCAGGACAGGGCCAGAUGCUGCUGAGAGUGCCUGUGAGGAUGACAGCUGCUUGCAAGUCCCGCCCACAGAGGACCAUCCUGGUGUGGCUCAAGACCCUAAGGGGUCUCCUCCUAGUGAGCCAGUGACAGAGCCGCAGCUCUUCCCAGGCGGUGACAGUAUACCUCCUGUGUUGAUUUCAGAGGGUAAAUAUUCACAGGCACACCGAAAAGAACUCUGCCUGCCCAUUCAGGGUGUACUUGAAGCUCUGCCCAGGGACCUGCCUCAGAGCAGUGAAUUGGAUGAGUUGCAGCAGCCUCUUCUCCCAGCCUCUGAUGGGAAAUCACCACACAGUCAGACUGACUUGGAGCCUGGCUCUGAGAAUGCACUCUGUGGUGACAGUAAAGCGUCUGACGUAAGGACACUGUGUCCAGAAGUGUGCAUGGCCCCAGAAGAAGGGCGGGAUAAGGAAGACCUAGUCAGUAAGGAAACAGAAGAUUAUCUGAACAGCCUUUUGGAAGGAUGCUUAAAAGACGCCGAAGAGUCCCUCUCCUAUGAAGAUAUCCAGGACGACGACUCUGACCUCCUCCAAGACCUUUCUCCUGAAGAAGCAUCCUACAGUCUCCAGGAGAACCUGCCUCCUGAUGACAGCUCGCUCUCCCUUGAUGAUCUGGCCAAGAAGAUAGAGAUCACAGAGGCCGUUCCUGCAGAAGGGCUGGUGUCCAUACUAAAGAAGAGAAAUGACACAAUAGGGGACCAUCCUGCCCAAAUGCAGCAGAAGCCAGCUAAGCGGAGAGUGCGAUUCCAGGAAAUAGAUGAUAACCUGGAUGAAGAUGAAGUGGGCAGCGGCUCCUGCAUCCUGCUCGUCUUGCUGUGCAUAGCCACAGUCUUCCUCAGUGUUGGAGGAACUGCACUCUACUGCACUCUGGGCAACCUGGAGUCACCUGUUUGUACAGACUUUGCCGACAACAUGGACUUCUAUUACACUAAGCUGCUGCAGGGGGUGGCAAGACUUAAACACUGGGUCUAUCUCUCCUAGCAGUGAGUGGGACAGGCGUGCUGACAGACAGACAAAGAUGCAAACCUCCCAAACAGCUUUUAUUUCAGGAGUCAUGGGACAUUCCCCCUCCCCAGCGGCGAGGACCCAAGGAUGAACAUUAGAAACAGCCCAGAGACCUCUGUUAGGGUAAUCCACAGAAGGGGAAUACUGGUAGGCACUGAGGACAGCCAGAGGGAGCCGUGGAGACCACGCCCCUCUCUUUGCUGCUUGCUUGUGUAGUGAAACACACUGAGCAGAGUCACACCAGGCUCCCACUGAGGGUUAAAGGACAGUCCUGGUUUACAGUCAUUGUCCAUAGGCAUCACUUCCUGCUAUCACGCAAUAAGUUUCUUUGUUAUCAGAGUUACCUUAUGGUUUCAAUGCUUUUUUUUUUUUUUUUUUUUUUUUUUUUUUUUUGGAGCUGUGUAAUUUAAGCUUUGGGCAUUACUCUAGAUUCUGUUUUCCAUUUGUGAAAUGGUUGUGUGGGUGCGUGUAUGUCUGAAGCAGUAACCACAAGUGGAUAUCCAGUAUAGAGUACAAAGAUGACCUUUAUUCUUUUAACUUGACUACAAUGUGCAGGCACAAAUCUCUGGAGAAGGCUUACCUCUGAACUAGAUAAACUGUAGGAAUGUUGGCCUUGAUUUGAGAGACUAACAGGUCUGUGGCAAUGAAUAUGACAGGCUUGAAGGCAGGCACCAUGACAGAACUCCCAAGUCUCAGAUGAGAUUUUCCUGAGGCUUCUGUGCUGCCUAGAGCAAUGAGUCCUGGUUCCACAGCUCAACAGAGGCUUAGGGAACACCUGUUCCAUUGUGGAACCUAAGACUAUAGGAACCCACGUAAGGGGUAAUUCUUACUGUAUGGCUGUACCCUUACUUUGUUGGAUGAAACAGACCACCACAUGUAACUGAAUUGUGUGUGGACUAUGUGUUCCUAUCAUGGCCUCAUUUUGGACCCAGUCAUGGGAUCAGAAAGCAGAUAUUCAAUCAUACCUUAAAUAGACAAGUUUAAAUACCUAGUUUUGUUUAAAUCUCUCAUUAGGUGGCCUUUCCUUAUUUACGGUACAGUGAUCUAAUGUUUAGGAAGCCUUGUUUUGACUUUUUAUAUUCUAGACAACUUUUUUUU